CACCACGACGACGACGCUUUGCCAGGGAAACCGCCGCCUCCUCCUCGAAGACCUCCGGGCUUGCACCAGUUAGGGUCCCGGGAGCCGGCCGACAUGCCCCUGCGGUGCAAGGGACUGAGCGAAUACCAGAGGAACUUUCUGUGGGAGAAGUCCCGUCCAUCCGAGUGCGAUAAUUCUUUAAAGCCGAAAAAAUGCCAGUGGGCCGGACUCCGAUCGGAUCAGUUAGGAAUCACCAGGGAGCCCAGUUUUAUUUCCAAGCGGCGCGUCCCUUAUUACAACCCCGAGAUCGCCAAGUCCUUGGAAUGGAAGCGGGACGACGACUCGGAGAGCGAUGGCUCAGAACGGCACGAACCCAACAUACCACCGCUCCGUCAGUUGCCCGGGACGAGCGAGGAGGAAGAUGGCGGCCAAGUAAGGACGGAAACAACCGUGGCCCCCAGGACUCCCAGAAGAAACAGGUCUCUCUCUGCAGACUCGAGGAUUGAAAGCCCCCGUGACCCCACAGGAAAUAAGCAAGCCCCUCCGCAGCCCGCCGCCGCCAAGGGGAAGGACACAUUCGCACCUUCCAAAAGGGAGGCAAGAAACGUGGAUGAUGGGCUGGACAGGGUGCUGAAGAAGCGAGCCGGAAUAAACGUUGCUCCUCUGUCUCACGCCCUCAGAAAUUCCGAGUACCAGAGGCAGUUUGUGUGGAAAACCUGCAAGGAGCCUUCUCCAAUGCUUGCUGCUGAGCAGAUUUUUCACCAGAAUAGAUCGGUCUUGCCAUACAAAAUUGAUGCACCUGUUCCAGAAACCGAGUAUUCGAGAAAUUUUAAAGGUUCAUCACCAGUAAAGGAGACCCGAUUCAAGUGUGAUUUGGAAGAGAAGAGAAAUCCCGAGAACAAAUCCUUGGAAAAAAAGAGUCAGAAGGAAGAAGAGUCCAUGAAGCAAGGACAAUCAGAAACGGAGGCAAAGGAGUCUAGCCAACCAAAACAUAAAGUUACUCCCUGGAAACUCAAACGGCUUGGGAAGGAGAACACAGAGUAUGGAUCCAAAUUUUUAUCCCCAGCUCUCUACUUCUACCAAGACGGGGCUUGGAUCCGGGCAAAGGGAAAAGCGGCAAACCAAGGUUUUCAAAGCACCCUAAAUUCCAUGUGGUAUAAUGAGGUAAGAGAACUCCGAGAGAAAGCCGAGUCUUAUAGGAGACGAGGACAGGGAACCCAUUUCUCCCGGGAUCAUCUGAACCAGAUUCUCUCGGAGAACAAUCACCUCUGGGAUGUGUCGUCCUCCUCCAGCUCCGAAGAGACAAUCAGCAACAACAUCAGAGCCCUAGAUCUUGCCGGGCUUUCUCCACACCAGGGUUCUGCUGCAGUAGAGGAAAAGAAGGCUUCUGAGGAAGCCAAGUCUCAGAAUUCCACGGGAAAGUUGGCCCUGUCAGAAGCUGCCACUGUCCCCUCUAGACGGAGGUUAGCCUGGAGCGCAGGUGACGGCGAAAGAGUGCAACCCCUUUCACCGGUCAGCGGAGAAGAAGAUACAGAUAAAAAGGAAGCCGUCGAGGAGGUGGAACGUUUGGAAGAAAAGGAUCGAAACGCUCGGACAGACGAUACCAAGGAAGACGGAGAGAAUGCUUCACUUCAAAGUGCUGGGCUAGAUAGAUCAGAUUCUUCUUCUGUAUCCUCAGGAAAAGGGGGCAGGCUUCCGACUCCGAAGCUCAAAGAACUCGGGGGACCUCAAAGAACGCAUCAUGAUCUCACUACUCCAGCUGUCGGAGGUGCAGUUCUCGUGUCGCCGACCAAGCGGAAGCCUUCCUACCCAGAACACAGGAAAGACACGUCCGUUUUAGAUCUCUCAGGAGGCGGCUCAAAGAGCAAGCUCAGCAGGAAAGAAAACGUUUCGGUAGCCGCCUCUCCAACUGCCGGGGUGAAAACAGUGGAUCCCCUUCCCCUGAGGGAGGACGUCGAGGCGCCCAGAUAUGCCGAAGCCCCUCCGCCCACCUCGAGACCGCCGGCUCCGUCUCUCUGGCAUCCAUCUCGGCGCAUCCGAGGGUCCCUUAGGGAUCCAGAGUUUCAACACAACGGAAACUUUAUGAGUCCAAGGAUGCCCUCCCAUUUCCAGUUACCACGGCGUGAAGAACCUUAUAAUGAUGAAGAUGAUAGAUUAUCCCAGAUCUCUGCUCGCUCUGCAGCUUCCAGCCUUCUGGCUCUUCAGACUCUGGCACGGGCUCAGAGAAGGAAAGAAGGCUUCUGGAACAAAAAAUAAUGAUUUGUACACCUGGAUUUUUUUUUUUUGGAUACUGUUUGUAGAGUAUUUUUUUAUCCAAGGAAUUUCGGGGUGUGUUUUUUUUUGUAGGGGGGAUGUUCUUUUACAAUAAGACUUUCAGUCUGCUCAUCCUGUUAAAGAGUAUUCUUGGGACACGGAGGGAGACAUAGAUACAUUUUCACCGGGAAGAAUUCCCAUUCUACUAGUAAGGAGUGAUGUAUUCUUUGCUGUACUACCAUGGAAUUGAGAUUUAGAUUUAUGUGACAGUGAGUAUUCAGAACAGAUCACUAGGAAUUAAGGUAAAAUGAAGAAAUAUGGUUAAAUUGGGUGUAAUUUUAAUUCCCUUUGCAUUUAUAAAUUCUAGAUGUCAGAAAUUGAGCUUUUUGUCUACAAAUUUCAGUUUUAGUUUUCCACUUUUUACUCUUGUGGUAGCAAAUACUGUUUUAUAAAUAAAAUAAAGUGUGCUGUUGGCCAAAACCUGA